AUGUCUCCUGUAUUCUGCUCCCCUCAAGCAACCACAGAGGGUUUUCAAGAUGACGACCCUCGACCAGCCGAGACAACCACACCGAAGUCCCAGAGAUCUUCUGUCUUCUCCUCUACAAUCUCCCCAGGCUCAUAUCAGAGCUCAGUGUCGGUCGGUCUCGUCGAGCCUCCCCCGUUCCGCCGUUCAAUGGCCCCGAUGCCCAAGCCAAAGACUACAGAGCAGCUGCCAGGCAGGUACUCGCAAUGCCAUCUCGCCACACCACAGCCACAGUUCCGUCGCUCGACUGCCCCAAGCCUGAGUGGCUAUACUGAGACUCUGAGGGCUCAAUCUCAAGAUGUCCAGACUUCAGUCAACCACGGCGAAGGCUCCACUGGCGAACGCGUCACUAUCGAGGGGCCCUCGCGCGAAGCGACGGCAGGUACGAUCGAUCUCGUAAAUGAGGUUGACGACCAAAUUCCUGGCGACCAUACAGCUGCCGAGAAUAGCAAGUGUUCUCCGAUGGGUGUCCGAAGCCCCACGUGGAGUCUGCUGACCGCAUCUCCUAUCGCUCGCCCCCCUACCGUCGCCGAAGUCGACGACGACGACAUUGGCCGUGAUCCGGUUCCGUCUUCUCCCGGAAAGUCCGCCGCAACGCCCACCUUCCAGAAAGCGUUGACUUUCGGAGCGGAGAUACUGAAAGAUUACCACGACGACAACAUCACAAGCACCCCGUCACCAAGGCGAACCCGAAGUGCCAGGAAGGCCCGGGGUUCCAACUCUAGACCAGAAGUCAGGGGCGGCCGGACCGGCAGUCGCCGGGGACGCCGAGCUAGACCUCCUGCUCGGUGGUCUCCUGUAAUGCCUUGGACUUCCGCUGAGAAAGCCGCCUUCCAUGACAUUGAUAACGGUCUCCUGGAUGUGUCAUGCGACUACUUCGACAUGUAG